AUGAAAAUUUUCACUUCUAAUACUCAUCAUAAUGAGUAUGAUGAAGUUAUGAUUGAUGAAGAGCCUGAUAACGAUGAUGGUGUUGAAGAACCCAAGGUUGGAAUGACAUUUUCUAAUGAGGAAGAAGUUUGGUCUUACUAUAUGAAGUAUGCUAAGCAUAAAGGAUUUGGGGUGCGUAGAAGAAAUUCUAGACAAAGCGACGAUGGGAAGGUUAGAUGGUUUACAUUGGUAUGUGUGCGGCAAGGCACAACAAAGAGUCAGGCUUCCAAUGUCCUCAAGCCAAGACAAACAGAUAGGGUAGGGUGUAAAGCAAGAGUUAAUGCGAUUUUGAAUGAGGACGAUGGAUACACCUUGUCUAGUGUAAUCUUAGAUCACAUACAUAUAUGUAGUCCGAGGAAAGCAAGACACUUUAGAUGUUUCAAGAAGCUAGAUCCUCGUGUGGCUAAGAGGUUUGAAAAAAAUGAUGAGGCCGAAAUACGUACGUCAAAGACUUUCAAGAGUGUAGUUGUUGAAGCGGGAGGGUAUGAGAAUGUGCCAUUUGGGGUGAAGGAAUGUCAAAACUAUAUGGACAAAGCACGACAACUUCGCCUCGGAGUUGGAGGUGUUGAAGCUCUAAUGAACUACUUCCAGGAUAUGUAG